AUGAAUUUAUCUGAAUAUUUCCAAAGGGAUUUGGACAAAUUCAGAUCACAGUGUAACCGUCUUAUUUCAUCCGUCUUACUAUCCGUCUUACUAUCCGUCUUACUAUCCGUCUUACUAUCCGUCUUACUAUCCGUCUUACUAUCCGUCUUGCCAUCCGUCUUACUAUCCGUCUUAUUUCAUCCGUCUUAUUUCAUCCGUCUUAUUUCAUCCGUCUUACUAUCCGUCUUAUUUCAUCCGUCUUACUAUCCGUCUUAUUUCAUCCGUCUUAUUUCAUCCGUCUUAUUUCAUCCGUCUUACUAUCCGUCUUAUUUCAUCCGUCUUACUAUCCGUCUUAUUUCAUCCGUCUUAUUAUCCGUCUUAUUUCAUCCGUCUUACUAUCCGUCUUAUUUCAUCCGUCUUACUAUCCGUCUUAUUUCAUCCGUCUUAUUAUCCGUCUUAUUUCAUCCGUCUUAUUUCAUCCGUCUUACUAUCCGUCUUAUUUCAUCCGUCUUACUAUCCGUCUUACCAUCCGUCUUACCAUCCGUCUUAUUUCAUCCGUCUUGCCAUCCGUCUUACCAUCCGUCUUACUAUCCGUCUUAUUUCAUCCGUCUUACUAUCCGUCUUAUUUCAUCCGUCUUACUAUCCGUCUUAUUUCAUCCGUCUUACUAUCCGUCUUAUUUCAUCCGUCUUACUAUCCGUCUUGCCAUCCGUCUUACCACCCGUCUUACUAUCCGUCUUACUAUCCGUCUUACUAUCCGUCUUAUUUCAUCCGUCUUGCCAUCCGUCUUGCCAUCCGUCUUACCAUCCGUCUUAUUUCAUCCGUCUUACCAUCCGUCUUACCAUCCGUCUUGCCAUCCGUCUUACCAUCCGUCUUACCAUCCGUCUUAUUUCAUCCGUCUUGCCAUCCGUCUUACUAACCGUCUUAUUUCAUCCGUCUUGCCAUCCGUCUUACUAACCGUCUUAUUUCAUCCGUCUUACUAUCCGUCUUAUUUCAUCCGUCUUACUAUCCGUCUUAUUUCAUCCGUCUUAUUAUCCGUCUUACUAUCCGUCUUACUAUCCGUCUUAUUUCAUCCGUCUUGCCAUCCGUCUUGCCAUCCGUCUUACCAUCCGUCUUACCAUCCGUCUUAUUUCAUCCGUCUUACCAUCCGUCUUACCAUCCGUCUUGCCAUCCGUCUUACCAUCCGUCUUACCAUCCGUCUUACCAUCCGUCUUACUAUCCGUCUUGCCAUCCGUCUUACUAUCCGUCUUAUUUCAUCCGUCUUACUAUCCGUCUUAUUUCAUCCGUCUUACCACCCGUCUUAUUAUCCGUCUUACUAA